UAAUCAGUUGUGUCUUGUGCUUGUGUCACUUCUUCAGUCUUUCUGUCGUCCGUGUGUCUGUCGCGGGUCAAAUUAGUCGGUUACAGAUUCCAGUUUUGUGUUGUGCAAUCAGGAAGAUUAUUUGGUUUUGGUAUAUUUUAAAUUGAACUUACUAAGACAACGAAUUAUUGAUGAUAGCCAAAUAGUCUCACCCUAAAAUUAAGUAGCCUACAUAGGUUAAUUAGAUUAACAUGGCUUUCCUGGACAUGGACUUGUUUUGCGGUUCCAAAUUUUGGGACAGCAACCUUACUUGGUUCACCACAGAUCCAGACUUCACUCCGUGUUUUGAGAAAACAGUGCUUGCCUGGAUCCCGUGCCUUUUCCUUUGGGUGUUCUCUUCGUUAGAAGUCUACUAUCUGUUGAACAGCAAGUACAAAUACGUGCCAUGGUGUUGUCUCAACAUCUGUAAAUUUGCCCUAGUCCUAGUAGUCCUCGCUCACUGUGUGGCAGACUUCAUAUUCGCCGUAGUCAACAUUUUACAUCACAAACCUGUGUAUUCUGUAGACAUUUACUCACCAGCUAUCAAGUUUGUAUCUUUUUGUCUGGCUGCCUCGCUGCUAUGGUUCAACAGACGGAGAGGUCAGAGGUCGUCGGGUCUCGUGUUCAUGUUUUGGUUCACGUGUUGCUUGUGCGGCCUCGCACAGCUGAGGAGCAUUGUACUUCAUGCUCUACGCUUACAGAAGUUGCCGGAGCCUACAUUCGUGUCAGUCAGCUAUGUUGUGUACUACACAGCCUGUCUCAUCAGUUUUAUACUUAACUUCUUUGUGGAACCUGAGCCUAAAUACUCAGAAUACCCAACUGUUGAGAGAUUAUGUCCGGAGAGAGCGUCGUCAUUCCCCUCCAAGCUUACAUUCUCCUGGUUCACCCCAUUGGCAUGGAAGGGCUACCGAGUACCACUAGAAGCUCACGACCUGUGGCAUAUGAACUUUGAGGAUACUGCCAAAGAAAUCGUCCCAAGGUUUGACAAAUAUUGGGACGAAUUGGUCGCGAAGAAGUCAAAGUCUUUCUGGGAUAACUUUGGUGCUGCCACCUCAAAGGCGUCCUUCCUCAAACGGUCGGGCAGUGUGGACUUCAUGGGUUCCUCCAGUAGCAGCAAGUACAGGCUCGGCCAAGCCUCCAUACUGAUGCCUCUGUGUAAAGCCUUUGGAAGCACAUUCCUCUUUGGCUCCUUCUUGAAACUAGCUCAAGAUCUGCUAACUUUUGUCAGCCCUCAGCUACUCAGGUUACUGAUUACUUUUGUGUCGACGGAUGAACCAUUGUGGAAGGGGUUUGUGUACGCAGCAUUGAUGAUGGCUACUGCCAUCUGUCAAACGCUGCUGUUGGCGCAGUAUUUCUACCGCAUGUCUUUGGUCGGCUUACGCAUCAGGACAGCACUCAUAUCUGCCAUCUACAGAAAGGCUCUGAGAAUCUCCAACACUGCUCGUAAAGAGUCUACAGUGGGUGAGGUAGUCAACUUGAUGGCAGUAGAUGCUCAGAGGUUUAUGGACCUGACUGCUUAUCUCAACAUGAUCUGGUCAGCUCCACUUCAGAUUUCACUGGCACUAUAUUUCCUCUGGCAGACUCUAGGGCCCUCUGUGCUAGCAGGUCUGGCUGUGAUGAUAGUUCUCAUCCCCAUCAACGGCUGGGUCGCCAACAAAGUCAAGACGUUGCAGAUCAAACAGAUGAAAUACAAAGACGAGCGAGUGAAACUCAUGAACGAAAUACUUUCAGGAAUAAAGGUGCUAAAGUUGUAUGCUUGGGAGCCAAGUUUCGAGCAGCAAGUGCUGAAGAUUCGAGCUAAGGAAAUGAAAGUGCUGAAGACUGCUGCUUACCUCAAUGCUUGCACCUCGUUCAUCUGGGCCUGUGCUCCGUUCUUGGUGUCAUUGGUGACGUUCGCUGUUUACGUGUUGAUUGACGAACGCAACAUUUUGGAUGCCAAAACAGCGUUCGUCUCUCUCUCACUCUUCAAUAUCCUCCGCUUUCCACUCUCUAUGCUUCCCUUUCUCAUUACCAACAUGGUGCAGACCGGAGUGUCAAUUAAAAGGAUAAACAAGUUUAUGAACUCAGAAGAGCUUGAUCCAAAUAGUGUCCAACACGACCAUUCGGAAUCCGAUCCAGUUGUCGUAGAGAAUGGUACGUUCUCAUGGGGCACAGAACAGGAACAGGACACAGUAUUGCGCAACAUCACCUUGAGAGUUAAGCAGAACUCCCUAGUGGCAAUCGUCGGAACUGUCGGCUCAGGGAAGAGCUCUCUACUGUCGGCCAUACUGGGGGAGAUGGACAAGAUCACUGGCAGAGUCAACACCAAGGGAUCUAUCGCGUAUGUACCUCAGCAGGCUUGGAUUCAGAAUGCGACGCUCAAGGAUAACAUUCUGUUCGGGAAGAGUUGUGAACCGACCAACUACACCAAGGUUGUGCGAGCCUGUGCCCUCCAACAGGACUUUGACAUGCUGCCUGCUGCGGACAUGACCGAGAUUGGAGAAAAGGGCAUCAACCUGAGUGGUGGCCAGAAGCAGAGAGUCAGUCUGGCCAGAGCUGUAUAUAGCGACUCAGACGUCUAUCUACUUGACGACCCACUCAGUGCCGUCGACUCUCACGUCGGAAAACACAUCUUCGACAAUGUCAUUGGACCCAAGGGCUUGCUGAAGAGAAAGACCAGAAUCCUGGUUACACACGCCAUCACGUAUCUGCCGGAGGCAGAUCUGAUCUUGGUGCUGAAGGAUGGGAAGAUCUCGGAGAGUGGGACGUACAAACAGCUGUUGGCACAGAAGGGAGCCUUUGCAGAUUUCCUGGUACAGUACCUGCAAGAGGCAGGAGAGGAUGAGAAUGCAGAAGUUCCUGAAGAAGUAACUCAGCUGAUAGAAUCUACUGAAGGACUGAGACAGAGAGCCGCUAGACAGAGAUCAAGGGAUAGCGAGAGUUCCAGUCACUCGCUACAGAGACAAAGGGGUUCGUCCGAAAGUAACGCAUCUGAGGCCAAACAGAUUCAACAACACCUAACCACAAAACGUCCAGGAGAUAAACUAAUUGAAGCAGAAAAAGCAGAAACUGGCAGUGUCAAAAAGCACGUGUACAUUUACUACAUGAAGUCUAUCGGUGCAUUCCUUGCCAUAUCUACGAUCCUGCUAAACAUCGUGUUCCAAGUGUUUGCUGUCGGUUCGAGCAUCUGGUUGUCCAAGUGGUCGAGUGACAGUUCCCUGGUGGUCAACGGGACACAAGACACGUCAAAGCGAGAUAUGUAUUUGGCCGUCUACGCUGGUCUGGGCCUGGGGCAAGGUUUUGUGGUGUUAAUUUACGACUUUCUUCUCCGCCUGGGGAUGCUCGCUGCGGCCAAACGUCUACACUUGCUCAUUCUGCAUGCCGUCUUGUUCGCUCCUCUCACAUUCACCGAUACAACCCCGCUCGGCCGCAUUCUGGCUCGGUUCUCCAAAGACAUGGAUGUGGUUGAUGAGGAACUCCCGUGGGAAAUCAGCGAUUUGCUCUACUGUUUAUUUGAAGUGAUUGCAACUUUAGCUGUCAUCAGCUACACAACACCUAUUUUUGUGGUCAUCAUUUUGCCCAUUGCCAUUCUCUACUUCUUUGUUCAGCGCUUCUAUGUUGCAACAUCAAGGCAACUGAAGAGGCUGGAGUCGGUGUCUCGGUCUCCUAUUUACUCCCACUUUGGUGAAAGUGUCACUGGUGCCACAUCAAUAAGAGCGUACGGAGUACAAAAACGAUUCAUAACGGAGUCAGAAGAGAAAGUGGACUUCAACCAAGUCUGUCUCUACCCUAGCCUGAUUUCUAAUAGAUGGCUUGCAGUAAGGUUGGAAACUGUUGGUAAUCUCAUUAUCUUCUUCUCUGCUCUGUUUGCUGUUCUCGGAAGGGAAGACACAACGGCUGGUCUCGUUGGGCUCUCUGUCAGUUACGCUCUGCAGAUCACUCAAACUCUGAACUGGUUAGUGAGGAUGACCUCGGACGUAGAAACCAACAUUGUGGCUGUGGAGAGAAUCAAAGAGUACGGAGAAACACCUCAGGAAGCAGCCUGGGAAGUGAGUCCCGGACCUCCCUCCAGCUGGCCGGACAAGGGAGAGGUAGAGUUCCAGAACUACCAGGUCCGUUACAGGGAAGGUCUGGAGUUGGUACUGAAAGGCAUCUCGUUCAGGGUCAAUGGUGGCGAGAAGGUCGGCAUUGUUGGUCGCACAGGAGCAGGCAAGUCUUCCCUCACUCUGUGCCUGUUCCGCAUUCUAGAGGCGGCCGGAGGAAAGAUCAUCAUAGACAAUCAAGAUAUUUCCAAGCUGGGCCUUCACGAUCUCAGAUCCCGUCUUACUAUCAUACCCCAGGACCCUGUGCUGUUCUCGGGAACUCUCCGGAUGAACCUGGACCCCUUCAACAAGGAGAAGGAUGAGGCUGUUUGGCGUGCCCUGGAGUUGGCUCAUCUCAACAGUUUUGUACGAGGUCUGACAUCGGGACUGCAGCACCAGGUGUCAGAGGGUGGGGAUAACCUCAGUGUGGGGCAACGUCAGCUGGUUUGUCUGGGGAGAGCUUUGCUGCGGAAGACUCGUGUGUUGGUGCUGGACGAAGCAACCGCAGCUGUUGACCUUGAGACGGACGACCUGAUACAGCGAACUAUCCGCACGCAGUUCAAAGACUGCACGGUGCUCACUAUAGCUCACAGGCUCAACACCAUCAUGGACUACGACAGGGUAUUGGUUCUAGACAAAGGACUCAUCGUUGAAUAUGAUUCACCGUCAAACCUAUUAAAGAAUAAAUCAUCAGUGUUUUAUGGAAUGGCAAAAGAUGCAAAUCUUGUUUGAUGUUUCCUUUCAGAAGUAGAAAAAUUGUUACAUUAUGUAGUGGUAUCUUUUGAACCACUAACUCUCUAUUCUACUCCUAUGGAGGAUAUACCGGCCAGAUUUUUAUUAUUUGUAGAUUAUUUUAUUUUAGUUCCUACAUUUUCUUUGUUGAAAUCCAUGUCGCCCGAUUUAAACAUUUGUAGCUAUUUUUCAUGGUUAGUUAACAUCACACUACACCUAAAUGUGUGUUUAGGUAAACAUGUUAUGAUUUUAAUAUAUUUUAUUUUUUAGUUAUCAAUUUUAAAUUGAUUUGUUUGUGUUUUAUAUACACAUUAAGUAGAAUUGUUGAAACUUAAAAAGUUCCAUGACAGUCCAAAGUCUCCACAGUUUAUAGCAGUUUUGUUGUGUAACUUUGGCAAUCACUUGUUUUAGUUUUAUAUUGUGUGUCAAAACCAUACAUGGUAUGAACAAUUUUUAUCUGUAUGUAUUAUAAAAUAUUGCUAUGCCACUGCCAGCCCAAGUUUACCAGUGUUAUCAAGUGUCAUAAAACUUGCCAAAUGUUUAAAAAAUCAAAUUGUUUUAAUUGAAAUACUUAUUACAAACUAGUGUAUUGAAAUCAAAAUCAAGUCGCUCAAGUACUUACUUUUAGAGUGCAUUGUACUUAUUGUUUUCUGUUUUACUUUUUAUCCUUGAGCAUUUCUAAUCGGGCAAGUAUUGUUACAUAAAUCAAAAAAAUCUAAAACUCAUCUUGAUUCAAGUUGUACCUAGCCAAUUUCUGUUGCGACCUUAUUUUCUAUUUUCAUUGGUGCUUAUUGGUAUUAUUUUGGUGCUCCACUAAUAGAAAGUGUAAGAGAUAUUGCUAUAAGAGGAAAGGUAGAAGAAAUAGUGUGAAUCAAAGUGAUUUCUUUGAUGCUUUAAACUUUAAUGAAAGCUUUAUUUUAUCUUUAAGUGUCAUGUUUAUUUUAUUUUAUGUUAAAUUUCCUACAAUCUUUUACCACUCUGUUACAUGUUGUAACUCGAUUGGUCCCAUAAUGCAACAUUCUCUCAUUGGUGAUUGAAAGUGCCUCAAGAUUAAUUUCUGGAUUUACCAUUGUGUACUUAUGAGGUACUUCAAUAAAUCAUUUUCUAAAUGUGUAGAGGUAGGAUUUUAUAUAAAUAAAUGUUAUUCAACAACUGUUA